AUGGUUAUAAAUAUUGAACUCCAGAAGAUAUAAGAAAGCGAAACAUGAUUCACACUCUCAGAUCAUCAGUUCGAAGUCAUUCACCUUGUUUGAUUUCACAGCCUCUGCCAUUAAACUUUGGCCACAAAGCUUCCUUGGUCAGGUUCAAGCAAGUUACUACUGGCUCUUCUUCUAGGGAACCAGAAACGACACAUAACAUGGACAAGGGAAAGGAAGACAAUCCUAAUGAAAAAACUGGAGACGUGAUGUCCCAUUCUUUUGGGGAAGGGUAUGCGACGAGGUCCGAUGAAGAAGGAUUUGGAGGAAUCUAUGGAGGGAACCAGUCCGUUCCCAAGGAUGAGAAGGAUCGGUCAUCUAUUCAUGAGAACCACCCUGAGUAUGACAAGACGCAAGGCAGUGAAGUGAAGGAGAAGGAGAAAGCGCGAUUCCAGACUAGCGCCCAUGGUUAGUCCAAGCCAUGGAAAUAAUCAGUUUUUUCCUCUUUUGUUCAGUCUUGCUUUGUUUUUCUGUUGUUAUUUUCACCGUAGUUCACCCCUGUGCGUUUUAAUAUUUCACUUGAGGGGCCUAAGGAGGGCUUUCAAUAAAGAUUUCAGUUUGUGUGGGGUCUGGCUUCAGACCCGAGUUGAUGAGGUAUAACAAAUUCAUUAGCGUUUUUGGCACAAUUAUCCCAAAUGUCGUGGUUUAGCAAAUACCACACCUAUUAAACUGGUUUAGCAAAGCAAGUCC